AUGACAGUAAAAGUCGAGUUAUUGGACGAUGGCAUUGACCCAACCGUGCCUGUAUCGUUCUUUGAUCCUUCUCUCAAGGAGGUUCGACAGCGGGUAUUCCACCAAUGGGCUCGCACCUUGUUAAUUUUAUGUGUCUUCGUGUUCGGCGUGCUAUCUCUCUUCUGGGGAGCCCAAUACGGCACCGAAGCGAAGUUCCCAGCGUUGAAGGUAUGGGUAGUCGAUUUCGACGGCCAAGUCGAUCCAUACCGCUCCAACGACACUAUCGUUGGUCCAGCAGCUACGGAUGCUACCAACAGAAUCCUGCAGUCUGACGGCCACCACCUCGGCUACACUAUCAAAUCCCCCGCCGACUUCAACUAUGAUCCUUUGGCCGUGCGCCAGGCCAUUUACGAUGAACAUGCCUAUGCCGCUGUGAUAAUCAAGCCUAACGCAACGACGCUGCUUCGGGAUGCAGUCUCCAAGGGCAAUACGAUCUACGACCCGAGCGGUGCCAUCGAGACAGUCAUCAUCUCCGCGCGUCAUGAAGCAACAUACUUCACCUAUAUCCUACCCGACCUGGCCAUACUGCAAAGCAUGGUGCUAGCAGAGUUUGGCACGCAAUGGGUCCGGUCUCUGACCUCAUCCGUCAGCAACCUGUCAUCUGUGCCCCCGCAGGCGAUCAACCCGGGCAUUGGGUUCACGACCGUCGAUCUACGACCUUUUGCCCCAGCUGUCGCUUCGCCUGCCGUGACCAUCGGCUUGAUCUAUCUGAUUAUCAUUGCGUUCUUCAACUUCCCAUUUAUGAUGCCUAUUCAUGCUGAGUUCAUGAAACCAGAUGGUCAUCCGCCGCUGAAGAUGCCGCAUUGGCUCAUUUGGCGCAUUCUCUCGAGCAUCGUCGCCUAUUUUUUCCUCUCGCUGUGUUACUCACUCGUGUCUCUGACUUUCAAGAUCCCAUUCAGCAACAAUCCUGCGUCAGAUAUCCUGCCCGCAAAUAAUCCCAAUGCCUAUGGUCCUGGCUCAUUUGUCGUCUUUUGGAUGCUGAACUGGGUUGGCAUGGCUGCUUUAGGAUUCCCCUGUGAGAACAUGGCCAUGGUUCUUGGAUUCCCGUGGAGUGCUUUAUUCCUUAUCUUUUGGGUUAUUACGAAUGUUGCGACAGGGUUCUAUGCCAUUGAUUUAGCCCCGAACUUCUAUAGAUGGGGUUACGCAUGGCCGUUACAUCGAAUUGUUGACGCUCUGCGAACCAUCAUUUUCGAUAUCCAUUCGCGCAUUGGAUUGGACUUUGCUAUUCUGUUCAUUUGGAUUGCAGUGUCCUUGGCCUUUUAUCCUUUCGCGGCCUUCAUCAUGCGGUGGAAGAUGAAGCGGGGGAUAUAA